AAUGCGCCUCAAAAUCACUAUUCAGUUGUUGUUAAUAUUUCCGACAGCGCUCGAACGCACCAUUAAAGCGACACUGGUGCCAGACUGGAUCCAGUUCAUUUUGAUCCAGAACGACAGACGAAGAAGACAGAAGAAGAGGAGGAGGAGGGACGACAAUGUUUGAAAAUGUCCCGACAGUGUCCUCCGCAGAGCGUCAGCAGGUACUGGGAGCUCUGGAGCGUCUCCAGGCCAAACUGGUGCAGAGGGAGGAGUGGACCCACAGCGACACACUGGGGAACCUGAGAGAGACCCUGCAGAGUCCCUUAUUCACCCACAUCCUGACCCUGCAGCACUCCAUCAAACAGCUGCGACACCAGCUGAGCAGCAUGCCUCCUGAUACCUGCAGUGAGUUCAGUUUCUCUAAGAAGGGUCAGCUGAUCAUGAGCGCCGUUAAUCUUGCCAACUGCUCGGCCCCGCCCACCCUGUCCACCUCCUCCUCCAUCCUGACCAACGGCUCGACUCCGCCCAUCCAUCAGACUCCGCCCUCGUCUGACCUCCUGCAGAAAUGGAUCCUCGACGCCGCCAAGGACCGUCACACAGAGCUGGUCAGUCUCACUCGGCCGCUGUCCGGCGGUCUGGGCUUCAGCGUGGUCGGUCUGAAUCCUGAAGGAAGCAGCAGUCACGGCGUCUUCGUCAAACACAUCCAGCCUGGAGGCAUCGCACACAGGGACGGGCGUCUCCAGGAGAGGGACCAGAUCCUGGUGAUUAACGGCAGUCCUCUGGAGCCGGGGAUCAGCCAGCAGCAGGCGCUGAUGCUGCUGCAGCAGCCGGGAGAGACGGUGGAGCUGGUGGUGGCCAGGGACCGCCCACCGAACGCAUCAUCAUCAUCACCGCACGCCAUCGACACGGAUCGGUGGGGUCAUGUGGAGGAGAUCGAGCUGGUCAAUGAUGGAUCUGGUUUGGGCUUCGGCAUCGUGGGAGGAAAGACGACCGGAGUGGUGGUCCGCACGCUGCUCCCAAACAGCGUCGCUGACAAGGACGGGCGUCUCCGCACAGGUGAUCACAUCCUUCGCAUCGGGGCGACACCCACCGGCGGCCUCACCAGCGACCAGGUGGUCAAGGUGCUGCAGGGUUGCGGGAGUCAUGUGACUAUGCUGAUUGCGAGGGACCCCAGAGGUCAGAGGUCAACGGCACCGCCUCCCCCGCCACCUCCAGACUCCGCCCCUGUCUCCGCCUUACCCCCCCGACCUCCCGACGUGACCCCCCAACGCCGGCAGAGCAGGACGCCCAAUCUGGAGGGAUAUGAGAUCCACGAAGUUCCUCUAACCAAGAAAGACGGUCAGAGCCUCGGCAUCUCCAUCAUCGGCUACAACCCCCUGACCAGCCAAGAUGCUGUAGGUGUGUUUGUCAAACAUGUGGUUCCAGGCAGCGCAGCGGACCAGAGCGGAAACAUCCGAGUCCACGACCGGCUGAUUGGUCUGGACGGUGUCAGUCUCCACGGUCUGACCAAUCAGGAGGUGCUGGAGGUGAUGAAGCAGACGGGUCAGACUGUAGUUCUCACUUUGGUCAGGAAGAAACCCAGAACCCUGGAGAGAUCCCUGGAUAAAGUGGAGAGGGAGUCGUCUCGUGUGUCUUUGCGGAGGUCACUGGAGGUCAACACUCGCUCUCCUGCUUUUGGCUCCAUGACAGCGAAGCUCGAACCAACAUAUCCCGACACAGCAGAGCUAAGCAGGGAUGCAGAACUGAGGGCUAAAUGGGAGCAGGCUCUGGGACCAAACUACCAAGUCCUGGUGGUGAAGUUGGAUCCUGUCAUUGAAGACGAUGCAGAGCUGCAGAAAUCCUCCAAGCUGCUGCCCAUCCACACUCUGCGUCUCGGUGUGGAGUUGGACUCGUUCGAUGGUCAUCACUACAUCUCCUCUGUGGCCCCUGGAGGCCCCGCGGACAAACAUGGAGCCCUGAGACCAGAGGACGAGCUGCUGGAGGUGAACGAUGUUCAGCUGUACGGAAAGUCUCGUCGGGAGGCGGUUUCCUUCCUGAAGGAGGUUCCUCCUCCGUUCACUCUGGUCUGCUGCCGACACCCGACCUCUGACCUGGAACCAGAACCGGAGUCUGAACCUGAACCUGACCCUGAAUUAGCACCAGGACCAGGACCAGGACCAGGACGACAACCAGGAACCAGCGUGGAAGAGAUCGAGCUGAAACUGUCGUCGCUGCUCUGCAGUCGGUCCGGCCUGAGAGACGACAGCAGGGAGCAGCAGCCGGCGGUCAGACAGGAGCAGGUUUCCCCCGUAGAGGAAGAGAAGAAUCGACUCAGCCGGGGGGAGGAAGAAAGGGAGGAUGAGGAGGAGGAGGAGGACCAAGAUGAAGACGAGGAUGAAGAUGAAGGGGAGCUGGCUCUGUGGUCGCCGGAUGUUCAGGUGUUGGAGCUGCAGAAGGAGAGAGAUAAAGGCCUCGGCUUCAGCAUCCUGGACUACCAGGAUCCACUGGAUCCCGGUCGCUGUGUGAUGGUGAUCCGUUCUCUGGUUCCUGGUGGUUCAGCGGAGCGUCAAGGGGGUCUCCUUCCUGGAGACCAGCUGGUGUCGGUCAACCAGACCCAGGUGGACCUGCUCACCCUGGCCGAGGCCGUGGAGGUCCUGAAGUCGGUCCCGCCCGGCACCGUCCGCCUGGGCAUCCGCAAGCCUCUGGUGGUGGAGGGACCAGAGAGCAGCCAGGUUUCUCCCAACAACACACACCUGCCUGUUCCAAAGGGUUUCGGUGACGGCUCCAUCCUGCCAGAAGACCUGCGUCAAGAAGAAGAAGAAGAAGAAGAAGGAGAAGAGGAGGAGCCGGAGCUGAUCCUGGAUGGAGGUCUCCCUCGCUACACCUCCUCCUCUCUGACCUCCGACCUGCUGCCGGCGGAGGAGGGCAGAGAGAUGGCCGUGGACGAGGAUGAGGAGGAGGUGGUGGAGGAGGAGGAGGAGAAGAUGGAGGAGAAAGUCGAGGAGAGGAUGAGCUCCCUCCCCAGAAAAGCUCCCCCGUCGUGGGAGGAGUGGAAGCUCGCCUCCUCCGUCCGGGCCGGAGCAGCAGAGGAGGAGACGUGGAGGAGAGAGAAUCAGGAGGAGCAGAGAUCAGAUCAGGAGAACAUGGUGUCGAUAGGAAACCUGCUUCUAGACUGCAGAGACAGUGAAGCCGACUCUGAGCUCACGCUGACCGACACCGACACAGAGUCUGUGAGGAUGAUUGACACUGAGAGGAGGAAGAGACGCAGUCAAGGAGGAGCGUCUCUCCCGCUCAGAGGAGGCCACAGUGAUCUUCCUGAAAGAGAGGAGGGGGAGGGAGAGGAGACUCCUGCCUUCAGUCACUGGGGACCCCCCCGCAGGGUGGAGGUGUGGCCUGAGGAGGGUCAAUCUCUGGGUCUGAGCAUCGUGGGAGGACGUCAUGUCAUCAAGCGUCUGAGGAACGGAGAGGAACUGAAGGGAAUCUUCAUCAAGCAGGUUUUACCAGACAGUGCUGCUGCCAAGACACAGUGUCUGAAGACCGGAGACAAGAUCCUGGAGGUGUCAGGUGUUGACCUGCAGGCUGCGAGUCAUGAGGACGCCGUCAACGCCAUCAAAUCAGCUCCGAGCCCCGUCGUCUUCAUUGUGCAGAGUCUGUCUGCUACACCACGGCCUGUGUCUCUAACAGCUCCCAGCUACAGCAAACACAAAGGAAAGAGGACAGAGUCUCCGAAGCCAGGAGUAGCCCCGCCCCCUGCGAGACAGCCCCCACCCUACAGACCUCCCAACCAAUCAGAGCAGGAGCUGAACUCUGACCUGGAGGAGGCCAAAGAGCGUUGGUGUGAGCGUUAUGGAGACCUGCGGGGGGAGCUGCUGUGUGUGGAGCUGGAGAAGGAGCGGCAGGGUUUGGGUCUCAGCCUGGCGGGAAACAGGGAUCGAUCCCGUCUCAGCAUCUUCGUGGUCGGGCUCCAUCCGGGGGGGUCGGCCGCUCGGGACGGACGCAUCCGGGUCGGAGACGAGCUGCUGGAGAUUAACAACCAGAUCCUUUAUGGGCGGAGUCACCAGAACGCCUCAGCCAUCAUUAAGAGCGCCGCCUCCAAGGUGAAACUCAUCCUGCUCAGAAAUGAAGAUGCUAUAAACCAGAUGGCCGUCCCCCCCUUCCCGACCCCCCCUCCUCCUCCUCCUGCCCUCAGCCCCGUCAGUCCGGAGUCUGUGUCUGCAGCGCCGCUCGCCGUCUCCGCCCUCACAGACGGACCGCGUCCUCCCGACAGUCUGACGCUCCACCCGUCCUCAGACACGCCGGACGAGAUGAGUGAUGAAGCUGAACAGAACAACAGGAACAGAAGCAGCAACAGCAGCAGCGCCCCCAAGAGUCUGAGAGACACCGACACCUCCAGGAAGAGGCUGAAAGGUGCAGAGUCUCCAGAAAAUGAGCUUCAGGCUGUCGGGGUCCUGCCGGAGCAGCAGUCCUGCAGGUCUUACAGCAGCUCCAGUAAACAGACCACAGCAGCGUCUCCUCCUCUUAUCAGCCCCGACCUGCCGACCGCCAACAGAGACCCGUCGUGCUGCGCCGUGGUUCCCGGUCAGGAGACGGUGUUGGAGAUCUGUAAAGGUCGAUCAGGACUGGGACUCAGUAUAGUGGGAGGACGAGACACACAGCUGGACGCCAUCGUGAUCCAUGAGGUUUAUGAAGAAGGAGCUGCAGCCAGAGACGGACGCCUGUGGGCAGGAGAUCAGAUACUGGAGGUGAACGGCGUUGACCUCCGCGGGGCGUCCCAUGAGGAGGCCAUCGCUGCCCUGCGACAGACGCCGGCGAAGGUCCGCCUGACGGUGCUGAGGGACGAGGCUCAGUACAGAGACGAGGAGAACCUGGACCAGUUUAAGGUGGAGCUGCAGAAGAAGAGCGGCAGAGGACUCGGGCUCAGCAUCGUCGGGAAGAGGAGUGGCAGUGGGGUGUUUAUCUCUGAGGUGGUCAGAGGAGGCGCCGCUGAGCUGGACGGUCGUCUGAUGCAGGGAGACCAGAUCCUGUCUGUCAACGGAGACGACACGAGACACGCCUCCCAGGAAGCUGUCGCCGCCAUACUGAAGUGUGCUCGGGGUCCAGUCUCGUUGGAGUUCGGCCGACUCAAAGCUGCUUCCUGGAUCUCAUCCAGACACAACUCGCAGGGAAGCCAGAUGAGUCAUGUCAGUGGGAACAGCUCAGGUGUUGUGGCUCCGCCCCUCACACAGACCCCGACCUCAGCUGAUGCCGUGACCUCUGACCCCCCCGCCUCCACCGGCCCGCUGCUCCUCAACAACAACAUGAAGCCCCCCGGUGACAUCACUUCCUCCCCUGCUGACAGCACAGGAACAGACGCCGGCAUCCGUACGGUGGAGAUCACCAGGGGUGCGAGUGACUCUCUCGGGGUGAGUAUAGCGGGGGGGAAGGGCAGCCCGCUGGGGGACAUCCCCAUCUUCAUCGCCAUGAUUCAGGCCAACGGUGUCGCCGCCAAGACGCACCGACUCAAGGUGGGAGACAGGAUCGUCAGUAUCAACGGUCAGUCUGUGGACGGUCUGUCACACAGCGAAGUCGUCACCAUGCUGAAGAACAGCUACGGAAAUAUCAGCCUGCAGGUGGUAGCGGACACCAACAUCAGCGCCAUCGCCAGUCAGGUGGAGAGUUUGUCCAGCAGCUCCAGUCUGUCAGCAAACACUGACACACACACAGCAGAGCCAGAGGGUCCGCGGCCUCGCAGCAUCAGUCUGGAAAAAGGCUCGGAGGGACUCGGCUUCAGCAUCGUCGGAGGCUUCGGUAGUCCACAUGGAGACCUGCCGAUCUACGUCAAGACCGUCUUCAGCAAGGGUGCGGCGGCGGUGGACGGGCGUCUGAAGCGAGGAGAUCAGAUCCUGACAGUGAACGGAGAGAGUCUGCAGGGAGCGACACACGAGCAGGCCGUCGCCAUCCUGAAGAAACAGAGAGGGACUGUCACACUGGACGUCCUGUCCUAACACACACACACACACACACACACACACACACACACACACACACACACACACACACCUGC